AUUCAUUUACAACCUCCUUCAUUCACAGAUUGCAUUUCAGAUCAGGCUCAGCGACCACUCAAUGAGUGUCAAUGAUGUCUCUGUCGAAGUGGAGAACCUCGGCGAACCAGCUGAAGUCAAUGUCCACGCCUUCAACCACCAGGAAGCUGAGGUUACAGUCAUACCACACGAACGAGUACAACAUAAGAUAACUGUUCGCUACUUUGGCCAAAUAGUCAAUGGCUGUCCAUUUGACGUCAUGAUUUUACCAGAGCUCGAACCCGAACCCGAACAUCCCAUUCCAUCGUUGGAGGCGCUCACACUGUCAAAGCCAAAACAAGGAGGACGAAAUUCACAUGGAGUACAGCGAGAUUUUAACGUCAUUCGAUCAGCACACGGCACGAUACAUUUAUCAACCAAUGGGAAUUCAGUGAUGCUUGGGGACGAGCAUGAAGUGUAUCUUGAUGUGUCUGAGGCAGGUGAGGGGGACUUGAGUGUGGAGGUCAGCAAUGGAAGGCGUAACCUACCCAUACAAACAAUCUCGAAUGGUAACGGUUAUACAAUACGCAUACUUGCCAAAAAUGUCGGCGUCUACAAUGUGUACAUCAAUUGGAAUGGAAAAUUUAUUUCAG